UGGAUCUGCCCAGUACUGGUAAUGCUGAUAUGUGGUCUGGAGUAUUUUGAAGCUCUUGGAACCCACAAGAACAGUGGAAUUCCAGUGCUUUACUAUGCAAAUCUAAGCAAGCCCGGGCAAUGGCUGAAUAGUUUUCAGUGUCAUCAGCGGAUGAAGUACAAAUAGCAGAGCAAUCUUUGGUCUUGCAGUACCAGGUUUAAGAGAGAUUUCAUGUUAGAGGAGUCACACCACAGGCACUUUGUCAGGAGUCAGAUCCAAAUCUCAUUGGCUGGGCUGGUGGCUAGAUCAAAUCCUAGAAGUUUCCACUCAUGUUGCUCUUGGAGAGGGUGCCUAACUGUUCAAAGAAAGAACUUCAGGAGGCAUUGCCAGCAGUGCUCCCACACUGUAUGGGCAGCAUGGACCUUGGUGACACCUGGAAGCUGGAUGAAACCAACUGGCUGACUCACAAUGGCAUUUUUUACUUUGCUAGUGACCGAGGAGUUGAGGACCCCCUUUGCAACUUCCACCCUCCAAACUUCAUUGGGAUCUCAGAGGUGGAAAUGAGAGGUUCAGAGGAUGUUGCAGCUGGAACAGUGUUACAGCGAUUGAUCCAGGAGCAGCUGAGGUAUGGCAAUCCAAAUGAGAAUAUGAAUCUGCUGGCAAUUCAGCACCAAGCCACAGGGAGUGCAGGACCAUCCAACAGCACUACAAGCACACUUUCUUCCACAGAAAAUCUUGCACAAGAAGACCCACAAAUGGUCCAGCAGUCAGCACGCCAGGAACCUCAGGGGCAAGAACAUCAGGUGGACAAUACUGUGAUGGAGAAACAGUCCAGGGCCACUCAGCCUCACCAGAACAAUGAAGAGCUACCAACUUAUGAAGAGGCAAAGGCCCAGUCCCAGUUUUUCAGGGGCCAGCAGCCAGGUGCUGUUGGCCCAAGUUUUUACAUUGCGGGAGUAUCCAGUCAGAAAUCAAGAACAGAAGGGAGACCAACUGUGAAUCGAGCCAACAGUGGGCAGGCUCAUAAAGAUGAAGCACUUAAAGAACUUAAGCAGGGUCAUGUCCGAUCUCUAAGUGAGAGGAUAAUGCAGCUGUCCUUGGAGAGAAAUGGUGCUAAGCAACACCCCCCUACCUCAGGGAGCAACAAAGGCUUCAAAGCUGGAGGACCCCCACCCACUCAGCCUUCUGGCAAAGGAACUGAUCCCAGAGGUCCUCCGCCUGAGUACCCCUACAAAGCCAAGCAGGUGGUGUCACCAGCCAGCAAGACUCAGGAACACGGGCUGUUUUAUAAUGACCAACAGUCGGGGAUGAUGCAGGAGAUUCUCAAACCCUCCUAUCCUGCUCCGCUGCCAGCAAGACCGGAAGCAGCAGUUGUCAGAUAUCAACCGCCCCCAGAGUAUGGGGUGACGAGGUAA